AUGGCCUAUGGUCUAGAAGUACUACGAGCCCUCUACAAGCACGAGAAAAACUUUCCUGGCACAGGGAUGCCAGGCCAACAUUCAAGCCCUUCUCGUCCCGGUGUCAAAUUCGACACUGCCAUCCUCCAUCCUGUAUGUCCCCAUCCCCUCCUCCAUCGUUGGUGUUAUCUAUCUCUUAUCAUUUCUGUCUCAUCUCUCCCUCUCAUUCUCUCUCUUCAUGCCAACAACAGUGGCAGCGGCGGUGAGCUUGCCAAACUCCAAACUUGA